CUUUACGCUGACAUUUGCGAAAUUUAAUACACCACAAUCACAAUUAUUCAUUGUGAAUUGAGUGUAAUCUCUGUAUCACAUUCUACGAAUCCUCCCGUCUCAACAAAAUCAUGUGUCCCGACCGUCCCGAUUAAACACAACGGAUUAUUCACCUCAAAUCAGUGUUUUGUGCUCGCAAAUAAAUAUUAUCAGUUAUUAUUUGCACUUAACCUAUACAAGCUUUGUCUGACAGCAAGAUACGCAUUUGCAAUCGGUGUUUUUAAGCGGAUGCAAGGAAGAAAACAGUGCAGUGUUUACCAUUCAAUGAGAGUAUGUACGCGGUAGAAUGAGCGAUAAUGAAUUUGUCGCUCAGCGAUAGCACCGGAGCGCGUCAGCGAUGCCGGCAAUGGACGCCCCUUAUCACCCAACAGCUGAGAUUGAGACAUCUGUACCGGAUUAUUGCGUAUAAUCUGGCAAACAGUAACACGACAGAUGGAUUUCACUAUACAUUGCAUUCGACUGCGAUGUCGGCGCCUUUUUAUACCAGUGAAGUGAUAUGCAAUUCUAAUCCAAAAUGGGGAGAAAUUGAUUUGAAUGAUUUGCCAAUACUUGCAUGCACAGGUUUUGUCCUGAGGAUAUGGCAAUCAUCAGAAAUUCAAAUCACCUGGGGAAUCCACCUCUCCGGCUUGGUUUUCCUCGGCAACACGCUUUCGGACAUCCGCCCGGAGCUUUUCCUCCCGAAUACUGUGAUAUUCCACAUGCGCGGCGGUUUCUUCACGAGCUGCAAGCAGUUGAAGUCAGAUCUGUCCCGCCCGCUGCCCUGCAUAGACUCGCUCAACCUGCUGAGCACCGAAAGCGACACCAAAGUGUAUAAAUUAGCGCGCAUUAAAAUGCCACUCACCGAAAUACGCAAUUCAUAUUCACUCGCCAAGCUUAAACAACUACAGGCGAUGCAGAUUAGUAUACGCAAUCGAAAUUUGAACGUCUACGCAGUACGCGAGAAAAUCAACGCUAGGUUGAACCCUGCUGUGCCGAAACACGAAGCGCAUGCGCCUGAAACUAGUGGAAAUGUCCGAUACGAACCGCAAUUGUUAACGAUGACACAUUUAAAUAAAAUGUUACAGGAUAAACCAACAAGAGUUCAACGUAGUGAGAUAAUAAAACUGCAGAAAGAAAUUGAAGUAUCACGUUUGAAAAAUAGGAUACUCCAACAAGAACGUGAUAGAAAAAGUGGAGAGUUGAGACUGUGUAAAGAAAAGUUCAACAACCAAUGUGAUGAAAACGAGGAACGAAGUUCCCAAUUAAUGGAAGACUAUAGACAUCUAAGCAAAGAAAUCGAAAAACUCCGCGAAUGGAAAAAGGAGUAUAUACACCAAAGAGAACUGCUGCAACAACUGACGAAAAAAUUACAAGCCAGACGUCGACAACUAAUGUCCGAAUUGUUGCAAGUCUAUCCAAUAACCAACUCGAAAGAGAAAUAUUAUAUCAACGGUAUUGAGCUGCCCCACUCGGAUGUGCUCGUCGACAGCUCCGAGGCCAGUUUAUCGGUGGCGCUUGGUUACUGCAGUCAUUUGCUGAUAAUGUGCGCGUCGUUUCUGCAAAUACCACUGCGAUAUCCGAUCCGUCACUUUGGAUCACGGUCUGUUAUCGAGGACCACGUGUCGCCUUAUAAUGAUAAACACAAAGAAUUUCCGCUGUAUUCUCGUGGAAAGGAUCGUAUUCUCUUCAAUAAUGCAGUGUACCUGUUGAAUAAAAACAUUGCGCAAUAUCUGCACGCGCUGGGUUUUAAACCGCAGGUGUUGCAUACCACAUUGCCUAACCUUUUGCUUCUUCUACAAGCGAAGGAUCAGCGAGUGUCUGGUAGUGAUGUGGAAUCAUGCGCGGGUAGUCCACCUGAGGAAGCGGUUAAAAAAGUAUUGCAGCAUAGAGGUAGUCAGGAGAAUAUGUUGAGGCCGUUUCCGAAUCGGCCGCAUCAUGCCCCCGAUCCCAUUUUGGAUAGUAUAAGACAUGAGGCACAGAUGCAACGUGCGCAUAGUCCGAAACGACGCCCGCCGAGAAGUAAAAAUGCGCAGAAUCCGGGUCUUAGUCAAAUCUUAGCCAUUCCGGAAGCUGUUCUCAAUAAGCAGAUGAGUGGCAGCACUUUUCUCACUUACAUGCGGGGCGAUUUAUCGCAGUUGGAUCAGCCUAGUACAAGCAACAAUAGUGAUAGUGAAUGUUCGACGAAAUUAACAAACUGUGAUAUAAAAAAACAACCAAGCAUUGAAGAAGGCACCGAGAUGAUUCCAAGCAGCAACAUGCUAAAACUUGCCUCAAGUGCCCCGCAAACAACUGCAACACUUGCGAAUCAAAGUGAAAAUGACAAUUUUGAGAGACGUCUGAGUCGAUCAGUUGGCUCGUUUGAUGAAGAUAAAAUCAACACUACUCCGAAACAUUUACUGGAUUCGACCAGCUCUGAUCCGAUGAUUAAUGUCUCAAUUGAAACGAACAAUAGCCACGAUGUACAUUCUAAUGCCACCCCGAAUAAAGCGACAUCUCAGUAUGAGAUCCAGAAGUGGAUCGACAGCGGGCCCAAUAUGUUGGUGCAGUCUGAAGAGAAUUUAUACCCUGAUGAAUUUCUAGGCAGGACUGUGGAACAAUCUACUGAUGGCACGCAUGGGCACUUGACCUUGCGCACUGAUGCGCUUGUGCAACGCAAAUCUUUUAAUUUGGUCAAACCGAAGUUUUAAUCUAUUAUAUUUAAAUUCUUAACUGUUAUUAUUGAUGCAAGAAAGCAGGAAUGAGAGAAUUGAUUUGAAGUGUAAUCAUAUUUAUUUAUUUACAUGCAGCCGCAGGAAAAGGGAUGGAAUAUCAGAAGUAGUUCGAACAAAUACGGAUGACAUAUUGAGUAGAUCUUUAAUUCUUGCAAAAACAUGUGUAACAUAAGAGACUAUGAGUAUGUGCAAGUGAAAUAAAUAAUAUUGUUGAAUAAAUAAGAGUAUAUUAUGGA